AUGACUCGGGCUACGACGGAAUAGGAAAGUUAACCUUGUCACAGGAUUAUUCAUGCAUAACCUCAAUCAUUCAGCCGAUGCGGUCGGGACGAAAGCAAUAGAUUCAGAGCAGACAAGCGCUCCAAAUAGAUUGGGAAAGGACUUCGGCUGCCGUAAGAACGCGAACCGUAGGCUGUAAGCGGGCAACGAGCACAUGACCCGCUUGGAAACGGCUGUGUUGUUUGAACCAGUCCAUUUCCCAAGUGCUUAGUGCCUGCGGGCUAUGCGUUAACCCUUUCCGAACUGCGCCAAGGAACUAUAACUAUAAAAGUCGCGACAUGAAUAUGGAUGCAUUCGUUUUAUCACCCAUCUACAGUCCUACAGUCCUCUUCACGGGCAACUACAGUCCGCAUCCAGCUAUAAUAGAACUGACAAGCGUCAGACCUCAAUCACCUACCCCCACUACCACAGAAAUCAUCACUAUGCCGGGCAGACACGUCCACUUCAACGAGGAGAACAUCUUCUACUCUCCUGCUCCUUCAGAAUCGAGCACCUCGCCGACUCUCUCAGAGUCGUCACUACCAUCCUCAACUGGGCCAACUACGCCCCCUCAGCUGAGGGAGUUCAUCCCCUUGGGCCCCGUUACUAUUAACCCAAUUCUUGCCUACCACCCCUUCGUUUUCCCCAUCAACUAUGAUGUCUCAUAUCCACCCAAUACCGCCUCCGCUAACAUUCGCGCCUCACCUUUCAACCUUGAUUCCUACCGCCUCGCAGAGGCUGCCACCAGCCCACCCAUUCCCGUUCUCUCGCUCCAAAACGACCUCCUCCCAUGGCGCUGCGAAAUCCGCGCGUCGACAUGCUUCUAUGUCACCGUCGGGGACGUUCUCACUCAACUCUACAGCUUCCUCCGUACUCCGGGGACGCGUGAGGAGUUCAAAGCGACUCCCAGUCAGAGCAUCCGGGACACCAUAUCAGCAGUAUACCGCAAACGGUGUUCGCGUGCCUCCUCGGCUGAGGCGUACGCCGAAGAGCAGCGGAAGGGCUUGAAGCGGGUAGACUUCUUAAUGGGGCGCACUACGUUCAUGGGGCUAUCCAGCACAAAAUUGGGUCCAGAAGCGUGGGUGCUAAACCUACAAUGAGCAAUCGCCGCUAUACUAGCAGGGAAGCGAGAACGGGAGGAGUCAGCAGCAGAAUCAUUCAUUAUCCACAUCCACAUCCACAUCCACAUCCAACCACCACGCAUAUGACACGGACACAUUCCAAAAACAGAUAUCGACGACGAUUGGAGCUCAACUAUAACUUUAUCAUAUAUAACAAACUCUACUCGUCACCGUUUUUCUUAUUCUUACACUUAUAUCCCAUAUACAUUACGCACACACUUCGUCUUCGCAGUUUUUUUUCCAGCUGGUUUUUAUUGUUGUUGUAGAAUUAGUGUACCCCGGCUUGGAGGCUCAAUUUCUUGGUCGUCGCUCGUCGAUAUCCCUACGUUUGUUGUAAUGUAGAGCCUCAUCCAUACUUGUCAUAAUAUUGACGUAUCAGGAUUUUUUCACAAGAUAUCCUUGGAUACCUUUUCUUGUUAA